UUUGUUGCCCAGCCAAAGCCAUGGUCCACUGCGCCGGCUGCGAGAGGCCUAUCCUGGACCGCUUUCUGCUCAACGUGCUGGACAGAGCCUGGCACGUCAAGUGCGUGCAGUGCUGCGAGUGCAAGUGUAAUCUGACUGAGAAAUGUUUUUCUCGAGAAGGGAGACUGUACUGCAAAAAUGAUUUCUUUAGGCGGUUCGGCACCAAGUGUGGCGGUUGUUCGCAGGGCAUCUCACCGAACGACCUGGUCCGGAGGGCCCGGAGCAAAGUGUUUCACCUCAACUGCUUCACAUGCAUGAUGUGCAAUAAGCAGCUGUCCACCGGAGAGGAGCUCUACAUCAUAGACGAGAACAAAUUCGUUUGCAAAGACGAUUACCUAAGCAACACCAGUGUGAAAGACACCAACCUGCUCUCAGUAACGGCAUGCAGCGACCCCAGCUUAUCGCCGGACUCUCAAGACCAGCUGCAGGACGACGUGGUGCUGAAGGACACGGAGAUCGCAGCCCUGUCCGACAAAGAGACGGUGAACAACGAGAACGACGACCAGAACCUCGGGGGGAAGCGGCGCGGCCCGCGGACCACUAUCAAGGCCAAGCAGCUGGAGACGCUGAAGGCAGCAUUCGCUGCGACCCCCAAACCCACCAGACACAUCAGGGAGCAGCUGGCCCAGGAGACCGGCCUCAACAUGAGGGUCAUCCAGGUUUGGUUUCAGAACCGUCGAUCCAAAGAGAGGCGCAUGAAGCAGCUGAGCGCGCUUGGCGCACGGAGACACGCGUUUUUCCGGAGCCCGAGGCGGAUGAGGACGUUGGUGGACCGGCUGGAGCCCGGGGAGCUGAUCCCCAACGGGCCCUUCUCCUACUAUGGAGAUUAUCAAAGCGAGUACUACGGCCCGGGAGGAAACUACGACUUCUUCCCUCAGGGGCCUCCAUCGUCGCAGGCUCAGACCCCUGUUGAUCUCCCCUUCGUGCCCUCCUCAGGCCCCACGGGCACCCCCCUCGGAGGUAUGGACCACCCCCUGCCGGGCCACCACCCCUCCAGUGAGGUGCAGCGCUUCUCCGAUAUCAUGUCCCACCACCCGGGGGACUCGCCCAGCCCGGAGCCCGGCAUCCCGGGGCCCCUGCACAGCAUCUCUUCUGAAGUGUUCGGCCCCAGUCCGCCAUUUACCUCACUGUCGCUGAACGGCAGCGGAUACAACAACCACCUGUCCCACCCGCCUUCGGAAAUGAAUGAGGGCACCGUGUGGUAGCUUUCAGAGAGGGCGGACACUGCUGGAGAGAGAUUCGGUAACGGAGGGUGAGGUUUGGUGGUGUAAGGGGGGAUAGGGAUCGAAAACAGGGGCAUGGAAGUCAACAGGCGUCAGUAUUUGUUUUUGUUUGUUUUCAUAUUUAUUUAUUUAUUCUCCUAUUUGAUUUGUUGUUCAUUUCUGUGGGGAAAGGUUGAAUUCUGUUCGAACAUUGUCCUCAGUAUUGUAUUUGGGUGUUUGAAUUGCUUCUUUUGCCCUCACCCGCCGUGGACUUUAAAUAAAAUAAAUAACUGGGUGAGACUGCUGAACUGGCCCCCUUUCACCCCCCCUCUCUUCGAGCCCCUGGGGCACCCUGUCCCCCCUCCUGACUCCUGUCGGUGGUCUGGCACAGCGACCAAACCCCCAACCCUCAGUGCUGGGGUGACAACAACCCUUCUGAAAUCUCCUGUAGUACGUCCCGAACAUGAAAACAUCAUUAGCUACUGUCAAAGACUUGAUAGCUUUACAGAGAGAAGAAAGGGGCCGAGGGUCGGCGCUGUGCUGACCCGGCUCUGUAGGAAGGCUGAGCGGCAUUCAGACUGUGUUCGAGGCGCUCAACUCGUCCCUUGUAUUUAUUCAGAAGCUCCUCAGACCUCUUUGCCUCUUAAGGCUCUGCCAUAUUGACACUUAAC